AUGAGUUCGAUACAGGAGCGCCUUCAGAUGAAGCGGGUUCCGCUGGACAAGUGGUCAACGAAGGAGAAACUAUGCCUGGCAUCGUCCGUUGCGUGCAGUGGCGAUCAAAACUGGAUGUCGGUGAGCCGAUCGUUGAAGAUGCUGUGCAGUGGCAACCGACCGAACGAUUGGUUCGCCCAAAAGUCCUGUGCGGCCCAGUAUGGCAAGCUGCUGGAGAAUGUGGAAACCCCGAAGCGGAAGAAACGCACCGCUUCCGAGCGGGACGGCGUGGCGGCGGUCGAAACCCCCGGCGAGUCGAUACUCCGGAAGCUAACGCAAGAGCGCAUCAUCGAGCUGAAGAAAACGAUCCAAGAGGAGACACAGCAGUACAUCAAGGUGAAGGAAGAUAUCAUACUGAUACAGAGCGGUGUUACGGAUGAGAAAAAGCUGCGCGAAAUGUGGAAACAGAUCGAGCAGGAAAAGGCACAGAAGGAGAAGGAACAGGUACAGCACGCCCAGUGGCUGAAGGAGCGGGAAGAGAAGAAGCUCGAGCUGGAGCGUCAGUGGCGUCCGAUGUACCCGAAUUCACCCACUGCCACCAAAGCACCGACACCGCCAAUAAAAUUUAAUAACGAAACUGAUGAGGACAGUCAAGGUUCGUGCAAAUCCGGGACGUCCCCUUUGUUGACAUCGUUGCUGAAAAAUGCCGAAGUCGCGAGAAGUUCCGGCGUACCGGUGAACUCACCAUCCGCAGGAACGCGAACGGUGGCUUCACCUACAAUUACAAACCUUCUAACGGGAAGCGCUGUCAAAUCGCCUUCGUCGACGGGCGUUGGUGGGUUGGCAGGUGGAACCGAGCUGGACGCUCAACUUGGGGUAACGAUUAAGCAGGAGGCAAUCGCCAUUUCAACUCAACAAUUCGAUGGAAAGGAACCAUCAGUGGUGAAAUUGGAAGCGGCGGAAGGUAGCAUUGUGGAAGGGAGCAUUCAAACGAAACAGGAUGACUCAAACGCGGGCAAACCGGAAACGCUGUUCCCGGAGAUGGACAGUGAAGAUAAUGCAGAUCCGGCCAAGGAUCUGAUGGAUGUGCUGGAAGAUUUGAUUCCGGCCGAUUUGGAUGAGAUAUUGAAAGAGAACAGUGGGAUGAUACUGGAGGAUGUCGAUCUGAAGAACGUCGUGGAAUCAAUAAUGGAGGAAGACACGCUGAAAGAUAAGGGUAUCGAUCUGAUGGUUGAAGCGGAAGAUGUACAGAUGGCGGAAAUAGAGGAGGAAGCUGUUGCUGAAACGGCUUCAAAAAACGAGGCACCCUCGGUGGAACGUUCUAAAUCUCCACCCGUAAAUGUGUCACAGAUAACAGCACCAGCUGCGGUUCCGUCAGCAGCAGCAGCAGAGGUCCUCAAACCGUCAGCGGCCUGCGUUGAGAAAGGCGAAGACGCGAUAGCAACAGACAAUUUCGCCGAUGAAAAGAUGAACAUCGUUCCGCAGCAGUCUGUUUCCAAAUCACAACCGGUGAAGGAACAAGAGAGUCCGGAGACGGUGGAAACAAAGGUGGAGAUCAUCCCGAUUGAAGAUAGCACCAGUAAUUCACCGGCAACGAAUGAUCCCUCCAGUGAUGACAAUAAGGACACUGCGGAAGAUUCUAGCGGCCAAGAGCAACCGGAAAGUGUAAUAGUGGUGUCGGAUUCGGCCAAAGAGGAAGAAGAUUUUGAAGAUCGGGAAGCCGAAGUGAGCCCGAACGAUGGCGGUCCGCCUGCCAUUGACGAUGAAGAUUCAGACGACAAACCGCUUGCUUCGCUGGAGGUAGGAACAGACAGUGGAAAAGCGUCACAGAAGGAAGAGACGGAUCAACCAGUUAACAAGCCAUUGGUCGUCACGGUAGUGCCGGAGAAACGUGCCAAUGAAUCGAUUGCUUCGCCGAAAGAUUUGAAGCUAGAGAUGACGAAAGUUGACUCUGGCCCGUCCGCACCGGUUGAUGAGGCAAAGGCCAAGAAGGAAGCAAUGGAAAAGCUAGCCUCAGAGUACGAUUUUAAGGAUGACGUUGAACCGAUCGUGCAGCUUUCGACCAGGAAGAUGAAAGAGGAGAAACACGUAUCGGAGGAUGAAGUGUUUGUCGAUGCCCAGGACACGAUGGAGGAACCGGAGGAGGUGAAGGAAAUCGAACCGCCAGUGAAAAAACCACCCACGGAUGAUACGGGACUCACGGUGACCGAUACCGACGAUGAUUCGUUGAUCGAGAUGAAGAUCGGCAAGGCAAAGCGAGACUAUUCGCGACGCCGGCUAGCGGAUGAAGCACAGAAACUCCGAGACGAUCUGGCCGGCCAUUCCCGCAGCGAAGAAACGGAAGGUCGAUCGUUACGGAAAUUGCGCGAUCGCGAUCGUUCGGAAAGUCCGUUCGUGGUGCAGGACGAUGAACCGAACGAUAAAAUGAAGCGAAGCUAUUCGUCCACCCCGGUAAUGGAUUCGAUACCGGGGUCACCGGCAUCGAGCGAGGAUCGGGAUUAUCGCGCCUGGAAGAAGUCCAUACUGGCCGUAUACUCGAAGAUCGCCUCGUCGAAGCACGCCGUCCCAUUUCAGAAACCCUUCCCAGACGAUCCAAUGACGGCCGAGCUUAUCUAUCGGCCGAUGGAUUUGCCCCAAAUCAAGCGCAACAUCGAGAACGGGAACAUUCGUACGGUGGCCGAGUUUCAGCGGGACAUUUUGCUCAUGUGCACCAAUGCAAUCAUGCUGAAUCGCGGUGAUGUGUGUUCACCGCAGGCGGCCAACUCGCUGAUGCGGGAAAGCGUUGGAAUUAUCGACAGCGGGAUGGACCCGAGGGCGGUAAAGGAACGGGACGGCGACCGGAGCACACACAAGCGUAGUUCGCGUAAGAGCACGACGAGAAAUUCGUCCGCUGGAAGAAGCUAA